AAACGAGAAGAAGAAGCAGCAGCAGCAGAUGCCGACAAAGGAAAUCAAAACGAAUCAAAACGAAAUCGCCGUACAGAUAAAGCCGUAACGUCAGGAUGGUGAAUGCGGUUAUGGAUGCCAUUGCGCUGCUGAGCUCGUUGGCCAGCGACUUGGACAUCAUGCUAAAUGACUUGCGAUCUUCGCCCAGCCAAGCUACAACAGCAAACACAACAACAACGACAGCAACAACGACGCUGGCGCAGCGGCAACAACAGGAGCUGCAACCAGCGCUGUGGUCAAGCAGUAAACUGCCACGCCCACAAUGUGGCAUCAUCAGCAACCACAACAACAACAACAACAACAACAAUUGCAUAGCCACACUAAGCGAUGUAAAGUUGAAAACAGCCAAAACCUCAAGAAGUAUAACGACAACAACGACAACUAACAACCGCCUAUGGACAAAGGCAACAACAGCAGCAACGGCAUUGCAACAACAACAGCAAUCCACACUACAGUCCACCACUUCCAGCACUUCCCAUUGCUAUCAAUGUCGUCGCUCGAAUCUUCAACCCAUGCCGGCACCAAAUCCAAAGCCAACUCAGACGCCACUGCCAGCGCCUGCUCCGCGUCGCCAUCUCCGGCAGUCGCUGCCACAUUCCGCCGACGCCAAUUCCAACGCAACGACACCGACACCAGCGAGCUACUCAAUAUGA